AUGAACGAGUACCUUAUCUCGAGCUCUCACAAUACGUACCUCCUGGGAAGACAAGUGGCAGGGUUCUCUAGCGUUGAGGGCUACAUCGCUGCCCUCGCACGAGGCUGUCGGUGUGUCGAGGUCGACUGCUGGGAUGGAGCCGACGGCCAACCUACCGUCAACCACGGCCGGACGCUAACCUCAUCCAUCGGUUUCCAGGAGACCAUGACGACCAUCAACAAGUACGCGUUUGUCAAGACGCGUUACCCCCUCUGGAUUUCUCUUGAGGUACACUGCAACCCCCAACAGCAGGCUAUCAUGGCGCGAAUCAUCAAGGAGACCUUUGGGGCCCGCCUCGUCACAGAACCCCUAGAUCCCGCUUCUGAUAAGCUUCCUUCUCCCGAGGAGCUUAAGGAGCGUGUCCUCAUCAAGGUCAAGAAGCCCAUGUCGAAGGAGGAGCCAACAAAACUCCCCGAACCCGGCCGCAGGCGUGGCAACAGCCUCACGUCGCCCUAUGCGAAACCUGUUCAACUCGACAACAACGUCAUCCCGUCUCAGUCGCUUCCGCAAAGCCCACUUCUCAGCCCAAGCAACUCGUCGCGCCGCCUGGUUAGCAAGAGCCGUGUCAACACCAUCACUGAGGGUGAAGUCCAGGACACCAUGAGCAGCAGCACGAGCGAUAACGACAGCGCAGGCGAGAGGGCACCAUCGAAGCGGAAUUCACCCAACAAGACGGUCAAGGUCCUCGGCGACCUUGGUGUCUACUGCGCGGGUGUCAAGUUUGGCGGGUUCGACACAGCUGACGCGAAGGAGUACAACCACAUUUUUUCAUUCAUGGAGUCGAGUUUUGAAAAGCACAGCAGGCCCAAAGAGGCGAAGCAGGCCAUGGAUCGACACAACAUGCGCUACCUGAUGCGAGUUUACCCUGACCGAUACCGAUACCAGUCGACCAACUUUGAUCCUCUAGUCUACUGGCGAAGGGGCGUGCAGAUGGCCGCCAUGAACUGGCAGACAUUCGACUUGGGCAUGCAACUCAACCAGGCCAUGUUCGACAGCGGCACUGAUCGGUCCGGAUAUGUCCUCAAGCCUAGCGAGCUUCGCGAAAUCCAAGUGCUCCCCGAAGGUUGGUCUGGCAAGCGCGAGCGCAAGGAGGUGACCUUCAGCAUCGACGUCAUUUCAGCCCAGCAGCUGAUGCGGCCUAACGGCAUGGCCGCGUCCAAGACUGUGGACCCCUUUGUUGAGAUUGAGGUCUUCCACGCCAACGACAAGAGGAACAAGAAAGAAGCGGAACCCGCUCUUUCGGCAGUCUCAGACACGCCACUCAAGUAUCGCACUGGCGUGAUCCCCGAGAACGGUUUCAACCCCGUCUUCGAUGCCAAGUGCAACUUCAAGGUGACGACUAAGUACCCAGAUCUCAUCUUUGUUCGCUGGUCUGUCAAGCUGUCGCACAACGGCGAGACAUACAACGAUAAGCCACCCGUCGCAACGUACACGGCGAAGCUGAGUGGCCUCAAGUCUGGCUACCGCACCCUUCCUCUCUUCGACCACAAUGGCGAACAGUAUCUUUUCUCGACACUUUUCUGCAAAAUCAAGGUUGAUCCGAUCAACAGCGUCCUCCUGGACUGUGUUGACCCGCAAGUCGACACCAGCGGCAAGCUUCGAGGGCUCGGUCGCACCAUCUUCAACCGAUCCAACAACAUCAGCCCCAAGUCGAGCAUGGAGAAGUCGAGCUACGACGGCUCCCAGGGAUAA